CUACUAAAUAGCUCUCUCGUCCUGUCCUUCGCACAGGUCACGCAUGAGUGUUGUAGUCACAAGCGCUGCUUGUUCAAGUUGUCCAACGCCGCUCUCAACAUCAAGAACAAAUGUCGCGGCGCGCGGUCCCGUUUAUCCUGGCAGGUGUGACUGGUAGGACGCACUGCGAUGAUAGUAAAACGGGCGCACAUACUGAUGUUUGCGUACCUGCUAGGGAUCCUUUCCGGUCUCUACAUCUUCAAACCGUUGCUGGAAUCGCAACCCUCGCCACCAGAAGAGUCAGUCUCACGCGUUGUCAUGGACAUGCGAAUCAUUGACAAACAUCCGUCAUUCACAGGCCAGCUCAGCGGGGGAAAAGUCCAGUUACAGAUCGUAAUGCUUCACUGCCUAAGUCAGACAGUGCUACCACAGCUACUAGCUCUCGCGACUCAGCAGGCUGAGAGAUGACGAGUUUUGUUGACCAUUCCAAGCGUUUAGCAUGGAAAUAUUGCUUCAUCUUGGUGAUACGGUGAUGCUAUCUAUCUUUGCCUGCCUCGACUUCUUUUGCGCAGUCA